UGGUGGCCAAAGCAAAGAUGAGAAUGACACCACAUUAGAAAUAUACUUUUACAAUAAAGAAUUGUGCUUAAACUUUGUAUGUAGAGAGUAUAUAGUAGGAUUAGUAGCAUACUUACUAUUUACCAUUCAUUUCACGUUUCCUGUGGCUAUAGGAUUUGCAGGUGGUGUGAUUCCAUAACUCAAGGAAUAUAAAUAACUUGAGUUAUUUUUCUUCAUCGAAUAUCAAGUUAUCAUGGUUCAUUUCCCAUCUUUUGUCAACGGAUUGGCAAGAACUAUGUCGAUCAAGAAAGAGAAGAAUUUUCGAAAGGAUGAUGCAAGGAAAGCUGUGGAAGAAUUGGCAAAGGAAGCAAGAAAGAAUGAAUUGUUAUUGAGUUCCUCUGGAGUUGUUAAGGCCAACAAGGAUAAUAGUUUUGUUUCUGUUUUUACACAUAGAGGCCAAAAAGGAGUCAACCAAGAUCGUCUUAUUGUUUGGGAGGAAUUUGGAUGCCAACAAGACAUGAUGUUUUGUGGAGUUUUUGAUGGGCAUGGUCCUUGGGGACAUUUUGUAGCCAAAAGGGUUAGGAAAUUAAUACCAGCUAUUUUGCUAUGCAAUUGGCAAAAAAAUCUGGCUGCAGCAUCAAUUGACCUAGAUUUAAAGAUGGAAGGUGACAAAAAUAUUCAUGGUUUAGACCUAUGGAAGCAAUCCUACAUAAAAACUUUUGCUGCUGUUGACCAAGAUUUGAAGCUGCACACUGGGAUUGAUUCAUUUCAAAGUGGCACUACAGCUUUGACAAUCAUCAAACAGGGUGAAAACCUUAUUAUAGCAAAUGUGGGUGAUUCAAGACUUGUGUUAGCAACCACUUCAGAGGAUGGUACAUUAUUUCCACUGCAGCUUACCACUGACUUCAAACCAAAUUUACCAAAUGAGGCAGAACGCAUAAAAGAAUCAAAAGGACGUGUAUUUUGUAUGAAAGAUGAACCAGGAGUGUAUAGGGUGUGGAUGCCAAAUGGUAAAACACCAGGAUUAGCAAUAUCUAGAGCCUUUGGUGACUAUUGUAUGAAGGACUAUGGUCUAAUCUCAGUGCCAGAUGUGACACAUAGAAAACUUACCACUGGGGAUCAAUUUAUCAUCUUAGCAACAGAUGGGGUGUGGGAUGUUGUAUCCAACGAAGAGGCAGUGAAGAUUGUUUGUGCAGCAGCACAUAAAGAAAAAGCAGGUGAAAGGCUUGUGAAAUAUGCCAUACGUGAAUGGAAAAGAAAGAGAAGUGGUAUUGCAAUGGAUGAUAUGUCAGCAAUUUGUCUCUUCUUUCAUCAACUCCCACACACUAAAGCUUUUGAUUAAGAUUAAGAAGAAUUGUUAAUUGCUUCCUUAUAUAUGACACAGAUUUGUUGUAUCUAUAUUCUCUUAGACACUACUAUUUAAAAUGUAAAUGAAUUAUGAGACUCACUCCUAUAUGCUGUGACAGUUCCAGCCGUUACAGGCUAUAUACCUUCUUAAAAUGAAAUUCAGAGAAAAUCAUAUGGACCAUUA